UGUACAGGGCUCUGUGUGGCUCCGAUGAGGACAGACAGCAGGAAGCAGAGAGGCCGGCAGGAGCCAGCCAGGAGGAUGCAGGCUUGUGCGGGGGCGCUGGUCAGCAAGCAUUAGCCAACCGUGUGCACGUGAAAAGGGCUGACUUACAAGAAUCUGCUCCUGAAAGCCCAGCCAGGCCCAGAGCCAACUUCCACUUUAUUCUGGAUGUUUUCACUUUUGGGGCAUCUUGUUCUGAGUCAAGAUUCCUCCUUCUGAACAUGGGACUUUCCAGAAGGACAACAGCUCCUUCCAUCCCUCCCCUUAGCUUGAGAUGUUCUGGAUUUGGGUUGUCAAGGGAGUCUGCCUGCCUCUUUGGAGAAGGAUGGCCAUGUGGUCCCUGUGGGCUCUGCUUCUGGAAGUUGCUGGUGCCCAAGUGCUGAGCAAAGUUGGGGACUCCGUGCUGCUGGUGGCAGAGCGCCCUCCUGGCUUCCACGUCCGCGAGGCCAUCUGGCAAUCUCUCUGGCCUUCGGAGGAGCUCCUGGCCAUGUUUUUUCAGGGCUCCCUGGAGACUCUAUACCACUCCCGCUUCCUGGGCCGAGCCCGGCUGCACAGCAACCUCAGCCUGGAGCUCGGGCCCCUGGAACCUGGAGACAGUGGCAACUUCUCUGUGCUGAUGGUGGACACGGGGGGUCGGGCCCAGACCCAGACUUUACAGCUCAAGGUAUAUGACACAGUGCCCAGGCCCGUGGUACACGUGUUCAUCGCUGUAGCAGGGGAUGCUCUGCCCCUCACCACCUGCCAGGUCUUCUUGUCCUGCUGGGCCCCCAACAUCAGUGAUGUAACCUAUAGCUGGAGACAGGAGGGGACAAUGGACUUAGGUAUGGAAGCACAUAGCCUCUUCACAGAUGGACAGGUGCUGAGCGUUUCACUGGGACCAGGAGAAAAGGAUGUGGCUUAUUCCUGUAUUGUCUCCAACCCUGUCAGCUGGGACUUGGCCACAGUCACCCCCUGGGAGAGCUGCCAUCGUGAGGCAGCACCAGGAAAGGCCUCCUACAAAGACGUGCUGCUGGUGGUGGUGCCGGUCUCGCUGCUCCUGACCCUGGCUGGUCUCUUCUCAGCCUGGCACUGGGGCCGCUGCUCAGGGAAAAAGAAGGAUCUCUGUGCUGACAGAGUGGCUCCAGAGACAGAGAACCCCCUUGUGUAGGAUCUGCCGUGAGGGACAAUGUAAGCAGAAGCCUGCAUCACCAAGAGCCCCACUGCGUAGGCACAUGACACUCUGGGACAGAGCUGGUGCCUGGAAGCCAUCAUCAUCCUCAGUCUUCCCCAGGACUCCAUCCUGCCUUCCAGGAGCAGCCUGGGUAGCUGUCACACUGGGAGGACAGAAAGCGCUGGCACAACCUUCCCCCUUUUCUCUCCCCGCUUUGCAUAUCCUGGCUCUUCUCUGGACAAGAUGGGCCAAACAGGAUGUUCCCUCAAGGACAAUGGAAGUUCUCCAGGCCCACAUUAACUGUCCAAGGCAUUCAUUCCGCGACCUCUUUUCAUAAAGUGUUAACCAGCUGGCACCAAAGGAUAGCCUCCAGCCCCGGUCCUGAGCUCUAACAGACAUUAGACAUUUGAGCUAACAGAGAAACUCUGAAUCACCCACCGCCAGCUCCAGCCCCAGCCCCUGUAACUUGAGAUCCAGAUGCUUCCGGAUGACCCAGGUGUUAUCAUAAGAAAAGGUCUAGAAAUGGGUGGAAGGUAAGAGGUAGGGGACAGGGGCUUCUGUGUCUGGCCUGGAAGACUUUCAGGUCAUCUGAGUUCAGAGCCCCUCACAGGUAAAUUGCAGUCAUACACAUCAAGGAUGGUUGACACCCCUUGGUUGAGGUGGGUGCCAUUUUGCAGGUAACAUCUUACUAAUAGCCAUCCUCCCCAUCUCCAGCGGCCCUCAUGCCUCCCGCAGGAUCUGGGGCUGGGAGUGGAGGUUCUCUCCUCACUCUCCAGCACAGUGACCAGGAGAAGAGAUUUCGAAUUUGCCCCAGCCAACAGGAAGUUCUAGCACAAUUUCAAGAAAAGCAGCUCAGCUCAGGAUGAGUCUUUCUGCCUGAGACUAAAGAGCUAGGAGAAGCUAUCCGGGAAAAUUAUGGAAGGAAAGGAUGCUGGGGUAUUCUGGCACCUUUAUCUCCACUUGUUUUCAGAUGCAAAUGCAGAAGAUCCACCCAAGCUCAAGGGGAGUGGACAAAGACCCCACUGCUCAAUGGGAGGAUUGUGAUGGUUACUUUGACAUAUAGGAUGGAAGUUAUUAUUGUGGCCAUCUUUAGAAAAUAUAAUACAUUCUGCCACUGAGUGAUUCUGUCUAGAAAAGCUCUUUGGGGUAUCACCACUGGAAAAAACUUGAUGAGCUAAACUUAUCCUCAGGGAUCAGUCAUUGAUAAGGUUCAUGGUUACUGUCACCCAGGUGUACAUGGAUUUUUUUCUAGGCUCCCACUUAAGUCUUGAUAAUAGAGAGAAAGGAGAUACUGAAGAAACAAGGGUUUUGAAGUACUGUUUUCCAAGGGUGGCUUCAAUCUCUCCACCUAGGAUGUCAGUCCUGUCCAAGGACCUUCCCUCGUCUCCCCAGUUCCUGGACAGUCACUUCACCUUGGACAAAUGAUCAGCACAAGUGGCCUCCAGAUUCCCAUCACUGCUCCUCCGCUCGACUGCUCCCAGGCUUUCCCUGCCUGGCACUGCUCAGAGGCCCUGAUGGCCCUGGCUUUACCUAGUCCUCCUUUCUCCCUUUCCUGUACCCACUUCUCUCCUAUCACCUUCCCCCAAGUCCACCUGAACAGUACACAUGGCCACCCGACCUGGCAGCUUGUGCCAUCCUCACCUGCCACCUAGAGGCAUUGCUCAUGUCUGGUCACUGAAUCAUGCAAAACUGGCCUCAGUCCCUAAAAAGGACAUGAAAAAGAAAGCCCAGGAUCUAGCAAUGUGCCGGGAUGGUUCUGUGGGGAGAACACACAUGCCACUCCCCACCUUUCUUCCCCUUGUCUCCAGGGCCCACCUCGGAUCAGAGCAGCUCUGGAUGAGGUGGGACUCAAGGUUCUCCCUUCACAAGGUGAGUCUUAGCCACCUCGUUUAGACAGUGGUUUUAUCGUGUGGUGCACCAGGGCCUUUCUGAACAAAUCCAUGCUGCUCAAAUAAACUAAGGUUCCCAACCUCAAUGACUCACUUGUCAACUAGUGGACUAAUUAACCCUCCACCAAAAAACACAAAGUACUCCCGUGAGACCAAUUUUUGUGCUAAUAAGUAUUGAGAUUGAUGCUGUAAAAGUCACACCAUGACAAAUAUUGACUGAGGGCUCAGCAUGUGCUGGGUACACUUCAAGGCACUAGAGAAUCAGUAGUGAACAAAGCCAAGUCCUUGCCUUUGUGGAGUUUGUGUUCUAGAUAAUAUAAAUAAACAAGUGAGUAUA